AUGAUGCCAGGUGCUGAUAUAUCCGCUGAAUACCCAUCUGCCAUUCCUCAAGUCCCACCUAACUUUCAUGUCGAAACCGUUGGAGAGUCGCAAUUUGUAAUUCCCGAUCGUUAUUCAGGUCUUAGGCCUAUUGGAACCGGUGCUCAAGGUUAUGUUGUCUCAGCUUUCGAUUCUCUUUCUCAACGCAAAGUGGCUAUUAAGAAGUUAACACAUCCAUUCCAAAAUGUAACUCACGCCAAAAGAGCGUAUCGAGAAAUUGUCCUUAUGAGGCUUGUCAACCAUAGAAAUAUUAUAUCCCUUCUCGAUGCCUUUAGUCCACAAUCAAUGCUAUCAGAAUUUCAGGAUGUCUACUUGGUAAUGGAACUUAUGGAUGCUAGUUUAUCCCAUGUGAUUCAUAUGGAAUUGGAUCAUGAGCGCUUCUCCUUCCUUCUCUACCAGAUUCUAUGCGGAUUAAAGCAUCUCCAUGUAGCUGGAAUAAUUCAUCGCGAUUUGAAACCCAAUAAUAUUGCCGUAAAGCAUGAUUGCACUCUCAAGAUCCUUGACUUUGGAUUGGCCCGUUCCGUCACUGAUAAUUUCAUGAUGACACCCUAUGUGGUUACUCGUUACUAUAGAGCGCCUGAGGUGAUACUUGGCAUGGGCUAUACAGCCAACGUGGACAUUUGGUCAGUAGGUUGUAUAUUUGCGGAAAUGGUGUUGGAGCGAACCUUUUUCCCCGGGACAGACUACAUCGAUCAGUGGAGCAAGAUCACUGCCGAAUUGGGCACUCCACCACGAGAAUUUAUCGAUCGACUGGAUCGAGAUGUUCGCUCCUAUGUCCUCUCUCGUCCACAUGUGCCUCGAAGAUCCUUCGAGGCCAUGUUUCCUGACGACGUUUUUCCUGAAUCAAGUAGAGUAUACUUGAACCCCACAAUGGCGAGAGAUUUGCUCAGUCGAAUGCUUGUGAUUGAUCCAACCGAACGAAUUACGGUGGAUGGUGCCCUUCGACACCCCUACGUUGCGCUUUGGAGCGAUGAUGCCGAAAUCAAUGGGCCUCCACCAGGAUGCUACGAUCCGGAUAUUGACAACCAGACCCGGUCCGUAGAGGAGUGGAAGGAGAUGAUAUUCAAUGAAGUUCGUAACUUUACUCCUCGAAUGUCUACUCAAUCGUCAAACGCUCAGAGCUCAAAUCCCCAAGCUCCUAUUUCCUAG